UUACUUCAGAGAACUCAUCAGACAUAGUAGUGGGUUCACUGAUUUGGGUAUAAAAAGGUGUGGGUGCACAUUCACCUUCCCUCACACUGCGUUGAGCUUCAACGAGCUGUCUCAGCCUCCAGUUACCUUGGUGAAGGAAAAUCCAGACUCUAAAAAAAAUGGACUUCAGUGGAACAUGGCAGGUCUACUCUCAAGAGAACUAUGAGGAGUUUCUUAAAGCCAUGGAGCUCCCAGAAGAUAUCAUCAAGAUGGCCAAAGACAUCAAGCCUAUUACUGAGAUCAAGCAGACUGGCAACAGUUUUGUUAUUACCACCAAAACACCAGGAAAGACUGUGACUAACUCCUUCACCAUCGGCAAGGAGGCUGAUAUCACCACCAUGGAUGGCAGGAAGCUAAAGUGCACUGUCAACUUGGAGGGUGGCAAACUGGUCUGUAACACUGGCAAGUUCUGCCAUAUUCAAGAGCUGAAGGGAGGAGAGAUGGUCGAGACUUUGUCCAUGGGCUCAACAACUCUAGUCAGGAGGAGCAAAAAGAUGUAACUUUGUCAAUGGCAAUCUAUUUAAAUAAAAGUGUGCUUAAUAAACGUGGUUUGUGUCCAUCA